UGCUCUUCACUGUAUCGUUUUUUGAUUGUUGUAUCUUCCAUUGUUACUGCUCUAUCAUCUGCAUUGUUCAUCGGUGAGUGAUUUCUCUAAUUUUUUUUUAUUUUUAACGGUUAUGCUUUUGUUAUAUCUUAAUUUUUGUUGUGUUAGAUGUAGGAUUGUGUUUUUUUUAUGAUUUUAUUAGUUUUUUUUAUCUUACAAUAUGAAUUGCAAAUGAUUUUGUAUUAAAAAUUUGUGAAUCUGUUAAUGCAUGUACAAUUAUUUGAUAUUUUGUUAGUUAUUAUCACUGAUUUUGUUUUUUUAUACUUUUUAUCUCCAGUUUUUAUUAUACAUUAUGUCUGAUACUGAUUUUGAUCAAACAUUAUCGGAAUUCUUGAUUCAAUUGAAGAAUCCUGACAUUGCUCCUAAAGAAAUGGAGGAAGCUUCUGAUUCUCCGGUCCGUAUGAGUUUGAGGAAAAAGACUAUUGGUAGUAAACCUGUUGCUCCUAAAAUAGAGAAGAAAGCAAUAAAGAAAUCAAAAUCUGUGCAGAAGUCUGUUGCUGGAAAAAGGAAAGCAAAUUUUGUGGUACCUAAAAGAGAUAUUAAGAGGAAAAGGCUUGGUACUGAUAAUUUGGAUAAGAAUGAUUCAUUUCAGACAUUUGAUUUGUUACUUGGUCCAAAGGAUCGAUUUGUCGGUAAAGUUGGAAAUGCUUCACAGAAUGCAGUGCUGAAACAUAUUAAAUCGAAGCUUAGUGAAGAUCAGUUAGCAACGUUCAAGAACAGUAGGUUUGGUGUCUUUCUAGAACUUGACAAAGAUGUACUGAGUCUUAGACUCAUACAUGCCAUACUUUUAAGGGAAGUUCAUCACAGCAAUUUGUCAGAGCUUUGGUUUCAUUACGGUUCGCAGAAUAUGCGAUUCAGUCUAUAUGAGUUUGGUCUUGUUAGUGGACUUGUUUGUGUUGGUGAUGAGUCAAGGUUUUCUGGUCAUUUUAAGGACAGUAACUUUUUUAAUAAAUAUUUUGGUGAUGUGAGCAAGAUUACCCGUCAGGUUAUUGAAGCGAAAUUUAAAGAGGCUGUGUGGGAGAAUGAUGAAGAUGCUGUAAAGUUUGCAAAGCUUUACAUGGUUCAGUGUUUUUUAUUGGGUCAUCUUGGAACUACUUUGGUUGACGAUCGGUUCAUUCACUUGCUUGACUGCCCUGAUUAUGAUGAUUUUCCAUGGGGAAAAUAUUCAUUCCAGUUAUUUGUUCAGUCUACUAAGAACAAGCUGUGGACUAAACAUAAUGCAUCAAGUCAAUCUGCUUUCUAUCGUUUGUAUGGUUUUCCGCAUGCUAUUCAGUUUUGGUUUUAUGAAACAUUGGUUUCUGUGCCUGAGUAUUUGUGUACUUUGAGCAAUGCUGCUGUUUAUCCUCGAUUACUGCGUUGGAGUCCGAAGGAUAUUAAGAAAAUGCAGAACUUUGAUUUUCAGGUUUUUGAUGAUGGAACUGAAAAGGUCUCAGUGCUUUCAAAUAUUGUAGCAAAUGAGUUUGAGUCAAGUCAACUUAUUGUUACUGGACUAAAUUAUCAAGGUCAAGUUGUGAAGCGAGCAAGAACUUCUGCUUCUGAUUCUGAAGAUAAAAUAUUGGAAGUGGCAAGGUCUGCUUGUAUUAAAUUUGUCCAUGAAUUGAAAGCACUAAUUUUUGAUAACAAGGCUGAUUAUUCUGAUGUGGAGUGUGACGUUCGAAAGCGCAUUUGUGCUUCUGUGGUUAGUUUUGAAGAAAAUCAAUUGAGUGAUAUUUUUGAUGACAAAUCUGGAAAGGCUGAUACUGUAGAAGAACUGAUAUAUUCUUCUGACGGUGAUUCUGAGACUGUUAAUGAGAAUAACAGUGGCUCAUCGGAGGAAACUGUGAGUGAUGAUGAUGUGAGUCAUAAGGUUUUUAAGGAGAGUGCUGCGAUUUUAAAUAAUGAAAAUGUUGUACCUGUUUCUGAAUCAGUUGGAGGAAAGUUUGAUGCUGAGGUAAAUGUUGAGGAAGUGAAAUCCUUGUCCAAUGAUAAUCCUGAAAUUGAUGAUUGUGGUGUAGAAGAUGUGGCUGAAGAUGUGGGAGAAGCUGUGGCAGAAGUUGAUUCUAUUGCUGAUGAUUCAGAGAGGAAUUUUGAUGUGGAUGCUUUUUUUGAUAGCAAUCCUAGUCAGUGUACUGAUAAAUUUGAUGUAGUUAAGGAGGCUGAGUUACCUGACAUAACAGAAGAAAUUGAGGAUGCUGAUUUAGUUCAAAAAAGGGAUGUAAUUGGGGAUGCUGAGAAUGUAAAUGUAGCUGAUGAUAUUAAUCAGGCUGAGAAUUUUAAUUCUGUUGAGCCGUUGGAGCAGGUCGACAAUGUCAAUUUCGUUGAGCCGUUGGAGCAGGCUGAGAAUGUUACUGCUGUUGAGCUGAUGGUGCAGGAUAAGAAUAUUAACGAAGCUCUGGAUUCCGUUGCAACUGAGCAGUCUAUUAGUACUGAUGGUGUUCCAGACAAGGAACAAUUGAGUUUAAAAGAAAAGGAAUCUGACUUGGAGGUAUAAGCAUACAAGUUUGUUAAUUUUUUGCUCUCUUCCUUUUUUAUGAUAUUGUAAUGAUACUGUUCUUUUUUUUAUUUUUUGAGUUGUAUGGCUACUUGUAAGUUAAUUACAUGAUACUGUAAUGAUAAUGUAUUAUCUUUAUACUGUUAUGAUAAUGUAAUUUUAUUAUUUUUUAAUUGAUACUGUAUUGAUA